AGCCAAGCCCAGCCUCCCCUGGUUAGGAGGUCAGGGGCCAGGAACAAAGACAUGCCAGGAGGAGGACAGAGGAGCUUGGGUGGAAUAAGUCCAUCCAGACAAAAGGACAAUCUCUGCCUCCAGGAUGCCGCAGCUGAGCCUGUCCUGGCUGGGACUCGGGCAGGUGGCAGCCUCCCCAUGGCUGCUCCUGCUGCUGGUGGGGUCCUCCUGGCUCUUGGCCCGAGUCCUGGCCUGGAGCUACAGCUUCUAUGACACAUGCUGCCGCCUCCGGUGUUUCCCACAGCCCCCGAAGCAGAGCUGGUUUUGGGGUCACCUGGGACUGAUAAAGAACAAUGAAGAAGGCUUGAGGUUCAUGGAGAGUCUGAGCCACAGCUUCCGUGAUGUUCACCUCUGGUGGAUGGGGCCCUUCUACCCACUUCUGCGGUUCGUCCACCCCAAGUUUGUUGCCCCCCUGCUCCAGGCCCCAGGUUGGAGGGGGUAUGCAUUCCCCUGGCUUGGAUCCUCCACCCCCCAACCCAAAGCCCAUCCCUGCCUCUUCUCUAUGGCCCCUGAUGAUCUGUCUCUCAUUCCAGCCACCAUCGUGCCCAAGGAUAAGUUUUUCUACAGCUUUCUGAGGCCCUGGCUGGGGGAUGGGCUCCUGCUGACUGCUGGUGACAAGUGGAGCCACCACCGUCGUUUGCUGACACCUGCCUUCCACUUUGAAAUCUUGAAAUCCUAUGUGAAGAUUUUCAACAAAAGUGCAGACAUCAUGCAUGUCAAGUGGAAGCGCCUAGUCUCAGAGGGCAGCACCCGAUUGGACAUGUUUGAGCACAUCAGCCUCAUGACCCUGGACAGUCUGCAGAAAUGUGUCUUCAGUUUUGACAGCAAUUGCCAGGAGAGCCCCAGUGAAUAUAUUGCUGCCAUCUUGGAGCUCAGCGCCCUUGUGGUGAAACGGCAGAGGCAGAUCUUCCUGCACCCGGACUUGCUGUACUACCUCACCCCUGAUGGGCGGCGCUUCCGCAGGGCUUGUGACCUGGUGCACAACUUCACAGAUGCCAUCAUCCAGAAGCGGCGCUGCUCCCUCAUUACUGAGGGCUCCGAUGACUUCCUCAAGGCCAAGGCUAAGGCCAAGACUUUGGACUUCAUUGAUGUGCUCCUGCUGGCCAAGGAUGAAGAUGGGAAGGAACUGUCCCAUGAGGAUAUCCGAGCUGAAGCUGACACCUUCAUGUUUGGGGGCCAUGACACCACGGCCAGUGGUCUCUCCUGGGUCCUGUACAACCUUGCGAAGCACCCAGAGUAUCAGGAGUGCUGUCGGCAGGAGGUAGAAGAGCUCCUGAAGGACCGUGAGCCUAAAGAGAUUGAAUGGGACGACCUGGCCCUGUUGCCUUUCCUGACCAUGUGCAUCAAGGAGAGUCUGCGGUUGCACCCCCCGGUCACAGUCGUCUCCCGCUGCUGUACCCAGGACGUCGUGCUCCCAGAUGGCCGGGUCAUCCCCAAAGGUGUUGUCUGCCUCGUUAGUGUUUUCGGGAUCCACCACAAUCCAUCCGUGUGGCCAGACCCUGAGGUAUACAAUCCUUUCCGCUUUGACCCAGAAAACAUCAAGGAAAGGUCUUCCCUGGCUUUUAUUCCCUUCUCCGCGGGACCCAGGAACUGCAUCGGGCAGACGUUCGCCCUGACUGAGAUGAAGGUGGUCCUGGCGCUCACGCUGCUGCGCUUUCGGGUCCUGCCCGACAAGGAGGAGCCGCGCAGGAAGCCUGAGAUCAUCCUGCGCGCCGAGGGCGGGCUUUGGCUGCGGGUGGAGCCGCUGAGCGCGGGCCCCCAGUGACCCGCCAGCUCCCCCUGGCUUGGGAUCCACCCCGACCCUACACACGCCCCCUGCCGGAUUCCCAGCACUAGACCUGUGUUGUCUCCUCUGCCGGAGCGCCACUGACAGCCAGAGGGGGCGCUCGGGACCUGCGGGAACGCAGUGGGAGGUCGAGGGCGAGGGGUGGGCUGGAGGGGAGGCUGGUGUGUGAGCGCAAGACCCUGGCAGCCUUUCCAGCUGACCACGGCCCCCCUCCCAUUCUGAUUGCGGGUUCUCCCAGAGCCCAAUAAGGGCUUUUAUCCUGUAGGCAAUAGGAAGCCAUGGGAGGGGUUUGAGUAGGAGAGGGACCACCGUUAAAGACUGACUGAGGGGCAUGUUUGAAGCUCUGGGUCACAGUGGAGAACCCAUAGUGGCACUACUCUCUGGCCACUCUGACCUCUGUUCUUAUCUAAGAUACCCAAACUUUUCUUACCCCAGAAUCCUUCACUAUGUUUCCAUGGUCACCAUGUUUACUGAAACAAACAUAGAUGCUUUCUCCUGUG